UCUUAAGUAAGCAUUUCAUGGUAAAGUCUACACCUGUUGUAUUUGGAGCAUGUGACAAAUACAUUUGUUUUGAUUUCAUGCCUCAAUUUAUGAAGCUCUGAAAUAAGCACUUUAUUUGGACUUUUGAUUUUGCUCAAUAUUAUUCUCAGAGAAAUCAAAGAUGACUGAUGUCAGAUUGACAAGGGAUCCGARUGAGAGGAGAGUGUCCAUAUGUACCAAUGGGCUAUUUGUCCGUCAGCAAAUGAGAGACAUGGGAUGGCACUAAACGUAUCUCUGGCGAAGAGCGUUGAUGAGGUGAGAGAAGCGCUCUGAGACGAAGCACGCACGCGAGGGGCAGGUUAAGUAACGUCACAGUUGUUAUCAUGUUUUGGAUCGAGAAUAAACUGCAACUGAUACUGCAAAUGUCAAUCGCCUCCUGGUAACCAGAUAGGACGCCAUAAGUAAUUUAUCUUGAUCGAUUCAUCUUACUUCGCUUUGAUUUUUUUUCUCAAUUUAUGAGCGACUUUGUCGGAUCCCACAGAUGGCGAGAGGCACCCUCCGCUGGGUUUGAUAUGGGAAUGGGAUUUACGUCAGCGAAGAUUCUAAUAUUUUGUGCAUGUAUUACAUUAGUGUCCCUGGCUGUGGCAAGAGACUCAGCGGCGGAUGUGAAGUGUGAGAAUAUUUACAGGGACUUCUCUGACUGUGUUCUGGAGCUGGGGGAGAGCAUGGAUAACUACCAGGAGAAUGUGACCAGCGAGAUGGGAGUGGAAGCUGUGUGUAGCCACUGGGAGGCGUUCCACACGUGUGCCCUGACGGCACUGUCCGGGUGUCAGGAGGAGGUGGGCUCCAUCUGGGAGACCCUAAGAGAAGACUCCAGGAAGAUCCGCUUCCAGGGCAGCCUAUUUGACCUGUGCAGCCCUAGCUCGGCCCCAAGCCUGCGCUCGCCUCUACCCCCUCUACCCCUGCUGUUCCUGGGCUUGCUGAUCCUGGGAGGGCCCAUCUGGCCCUCCACAUAGGUGGGGGAUGCCUCUCUCCUCCUCCUCGCUUCCGCCCCCAUGCGCUCUCACAUUCCCCGAGGCGGGGUGAGUAGCGAGACGAUCAGUGAGUAGAGAGGGGAUAUGGAUUGAAGAUUAGGUUAGCAUACAUAGCCAUGUCUCUAUGAAGACACCAUUGAUAUCUAUAGUACUGGGUAAUCAGAAGGCUAUGAUAUCACAGAGCCAUUUAUGUCUAUGGAGAGAUGAAUGGAUACCUAUGGCUCUGGGUUACCCACCAUAGAUGUCUAUGGCACUAAGUAAUUAUAGGGUUAUGUUAUCAGGGCCUUAGAUGUUAAUGUCAUCAAUAUCUAGGAGUCUGGAUAAACAUACAUAUCCAAGACCCAAGCAAUUGUAAUGAAAUUACCUACUACAGUAUACGCCUAUGAAAAAAAGCCAUUGGUCUGUUUUGUUGACAAUCAAAUUAAUUCUUUAUAAACAAUGACCUUUUGACCCCUACACACCAGCCCCAAAUGGUUGGAGUUGCAUGGCUGCUAUAAUGACACCAAAAAGGUAUUUUCUGUAUGUUUGCUCUGUUAAACCGUUUCUUUGGUCAUCCUGUUAGUCAGUAGGUGCUGUUAAAGUCAGGUAAUGCUCUUAACUGAAAAUAUUGUAAAAAAUUGUUGAGGUAGAUUAUGCUCUUAUCUGAAAAUAUCAUUCCUUGCUUUAUUAUGCACCUUACAGUAAAAUGCCUAAAUUAUUGUUAGUAAUUGUGGAUGAAGGACAAUAGUCUAGUUAGUUUCUCUCUUGCCAACUAGUUAUUGUACCUGAAAAUGAUCGCUGGUUAUGUGAGAAUGUUCAGCGUUGUUUUAUGAACCUGUGUUUUGUAUGGAAGUCCAAGUGUUUGGCUGUUAAUUCAUUUUAUAUCAUUGACUCCACAACUAUAUACAAUUGUACACAGUUCACUUCCAAGCACAUUCACCCUUACACAAAACGCACAGCAUACUGAGUAGAAAUAAAGACGAGGUAAUGCCACAAAUAUUCACUUUAUUAUGGAAGCUAAAAUAUAUAGGACUUAAGUCAUAGGAUUCUCCUAUGGCACCACCCUGCAUUGUUAGGGCUAAUGCCUCAAUGCAUUACAAUAUUUGAUUUUGUCAACAGUUGUACUAUAACAUCAAACUGAGUCAAUAUAAAUGUAAAAUGUAAGUAAUUUGUAGUUUUAUAGCAACAUGUGGUGUUAUUGUAUAGCUUUUCCGUUUCUACUCUCAGACUGAAUAGGCAAUGAGGGGUGAAUCCUGACUUAGGAAUUUAUGCCUUUCCUACACACUUCUCAGUAUAUUCAGACUUACCUUAUUGAGUCGCGUAACGUGCUCUGCAGGCAUGGCUACCUUGCGCACUCUGAAUAAAUGUAAAACCCUCCCACUUGCUGGCCACCAUAUUUUCUAAAUGAGUUUUCAUUCAAUGGUGUUUUCAGUACAUUUAUCUUAAGCCAUCCCUUUAAAUACAGUUUAACUUAUUUUUUUUWAUUUCACCUUUAUU